UGUGGUCUCGUUUCGAACUUAGUAUUGUGGCCUAAAGUCGGCGGAAAGCUCUACAAAACAGCUGAGAAAAUGACUUAAAUUCUGAUGUAAGUUUAACUAAAAAGAUACAAUAAUAAUGCCUCAGUGUGCAGAUUGUUUCGUGGAUACUUGCCAGAUGUGGCGAAAAACCACAAGGGGACUAACGGUGUGCAACGUGUGUCAUUUGAAACGAGUACAAGCAGAGCAGACGGCCUCUGUUGCAGCUAGGCUAAAGGAGAAAGGAAAAGAGACUAUAAGGCAAUCUUCAAGGAAAAGUAAACCAUCAAGUAAAGCAGCUAAGCUCGUUAACGGAAAGAUUUUGGAUCGAGCCACCAAAGUGCCAGGUUUGAAGAACAGAAAAGCUUUGCUUAAGAAAAAGCCGUCCAAGUCUCCAGUAGUUACUUCAGCUGUUGUUACAGCAAGCAGUAUCUAUCACAAGGGUCUCCUUUUCAAGGAGGGAGAUGUGGUCUCUGUAACAGAUAUAAGUGGAAAGAGGUACUUUGCUCAGAUAAGAGGGCUACUUCAAGAUGUUUUCUUAAACAAAAGUGCUGUUCUUAGCUGGCUGUUGCCAACUGUGCCUAACCCAACAAGAUUUGAUCCUGCAAUAUUUCUACCAGGACCAGAUGAAGAUACUCCUAGACCAAUGGAAUGCUUAGAGUUUGUGUCAAGAGCUCCUACAAAUUCAUUUAGGCUAAGAACAUCAUAUCCUCCAUAUCAAAGGACUAAACCAGAUUUGAACUCUCUAUUGUCGGUGGCAGAGGGUCUGUUAGAUCCAGCAAACACAGAGCUGCCAGGUGAUGUGAACACGAUAGAUGAACCAAAUUGAGCUGUCUGUUACAUUUAGAUUCCAAAUAUCAUGGAAGUCAUAAAGAUUUCAUAUUUUGACAACCUUCUCAAAGUGAUUCUUUGUUAUCACUGUUGAUGGAAGAAUUCACUAUGUAAAGAUUUCACAGACAGGGUACUUGAGCUGUAUUUAAACAAUUUCCAGACAGAGUGCCAGAAUUUUGUAUAUACUGUUGACACUUAGAAGUACCUUAAUAACUGAAUCAGUAUCCAGUUGUUAUUUUCUAGGAUCUUGUGAUUUUGUACAAAUUGACAUUAGAAUGUUUGGCUGCUUAUAUACUAUGCAAUUAUUUAACUGUAGUCAGAUAUAUUCGGCAGAGAUUUUAAAUCAUCCUUUAGCAAUAAAUUUUUGUUUGCUAAGUUGUCAUAAUUUUCUUUCGUUGAAUUAUUGUCACCUCGUUGAACAUUAGUGAUACGAUAAAUUCUGACAGGUGUAUUAUUAUCAAAUAUAUAAGUAAACUUUCUGGAGGCAUAAAGGAAUUAUCUUUUCUUUUUCACCUUUUGCCACAGAACAUAUAGCCUCUUGUUAUUUUCUCAAAGCAUUUUGGUGCCAUUUUUGGUUAAACACUUUACCGUUCAAUGUCUUAUUGUAUUUUGAACUGCAUUAUUCCAUAAAGAGCUCCCCAAAGUGUUCUUUUCAAAAUAUAUCUAGUUUGCAUGCUUGGAACUUUGUCUUCCCACUUCUCUCUUGACAAAGGGAUGAAACUGUUUUCUUUCAAUUCAGUUAAAAAGAGCAAUUUUUUGAAAAGUCUUCCUUGUGCUUCUCAGCCUCAAUAUCCCUCUUACUUAAACACUCUUGUAAGGAGUAAUGUUUGUAUCAAGGCAUAUAUCCAUAAAUUUAUUCUUCAAAGAAAAUAUUCUAAGAAAUUGUUCAUCAUUUGUAUUGCAAGUGGUUUGAUUAUCUUGUUCACUGUCUGAUGCCAAGAUAACAAGAAAAUAAUUUUCCCUUCCCCGGAACAAAUUUUCAUCUGCAAGGAAAUCUGCAGUGAGACUGAUUUUUUACUGCAAAGAAAAACCUUCUCUGAAGUUUACCUGGAGUAUUUCUAUGUACUAGGCCUUUUAUCGAUUUGACAAGAUGUGAGCAUCACAGCUCACAUGGUAUCAAACUGGAGAAAAAUUUCCCAUAGUCAGUAAUUAUGUUUGAUAUCCAGCAGGUCUUUCAAUACACCGUUUGAGAGUACAAUACUAUUUUUUUGUUUACCUGGUAAUGCAUUAGUAUCUUCUGAUUUUAGUUUGAAUCUUAUUUUUAGCCAUCUGUCAGCUACUGAGCAUUUUAGUCGAUUGGCAGGUAAUCAGUGAUGUCGCAACGGGGUGGCGGUGGACUGAUGUUGAUUUUCUAAUUUCUCGAAAUCCGUUCAAAACCUCGGGGUAAAGGGUUGAUCAGAUUGAUUUCCAUUUUCGCGCUUUCAAAAAGCCCCCUUUUCGCAGAAUGCUGUUCGAGAAAUUUGCUUUUCCAACAAUUUCGACAUUGGUAAAAAGUACUGAAAAGGCGUUCCCCACGUUUUCCGUGAGUCUGAAGGGAGUGGACGAGAAAUUUUUCAGUCCACCCCAGUCUUUCCAGAUUAACAACGCCUCUGUAUGUAAUGUUUCAAGGGGUAAAAAAAGAGCGGCGUUCACAUUUACACAUUUGAUCCUCA